AUGGGUUCUGUUUCCAUGGAAACUAGCAGCUGUAGGCUGGCCGUGUUGCAUGUCACAGAGAGGGAAUAAUGGCCCGAAAGGUAAAGUUGGCAUAGGGAUGGUUCCUUUGUCGGGGAUGUUUGAACAAAGACAAAAGCAGCUGCCAGGAUCUCUCUGUCCCUAUUUGCAUCUUGUACGUGGCACGGCAAGAGGAACCAGAUGGGAAUAACUGUAGAUCUGCAGUCAGCAUCAGCGACGCUUUGAACGGCCGCGGCUGACUCUGGAUCUGCCCGCCACCUACCCCUGGCUGUCCAGUGACUCCCGCCUCCGCUGCACAUUGAUUGACAAUCGUCCAUCAGUCCCCCAUAAGAAGAUGUUUGAAGACAGGGACGAGACCAAGGAGACGGACGGGAGCCUGCUGGGCGACCCAGGUCACACUCCCCCAGGGAAGAAGGGGCACGUGAAGUGGCAGAAGCCGCGGCUCACGCGCAAGGCGCUGCUGAACUGCUGUCUGGUGAAACGGAUCCUCUCCCGCGCGGCGCCCCAGGGAUCAGACACCAGCGACAGCGACCUCGAACUUUCAUCUGUCCGGCACCAGCCAGAAGGGCUAGACCAGCUGCAGGAGCUGACCAAAUUCACCAAGAAGGAGCUGCAGUCCCUGUACAGGGGCUUCAAGAACGAAUGUCCCAGCGGCCUGGUAGACGAAGACACCUUCAAGCUGAUCUAUGCUCAGUUCUUCCCUCAGGGAGACGCCAGCAUGUACGCCCACUUCCUGUUCAACGCCUUUGAUGUGGACCGGAACGGAGCCAUCUGCUUCGAGGAUUUCGUCGUCGGCCUCUCCAUCUUGCUCCGUGGGACCGUGCACGAAAAGUUGAACUGGGCUUUUAACCUCUAUGAUAUUAACAAGGACGGCUACAUCACCAAGGAGGAGAUGCUGGCGAUCAUGAAGUCCAUUUACGACAUGAUGGGCCGCUACACGUACCCAAUCGUCAGGGACGAUGCCCCCGUAGAGCACGUGGAGAAGUUCUUCCAGAAAAUGGACAGAAAUCGGGACGGCGUGGUGACAAUCGAGGAGUUUUUAGAGACCUGUCAAAAGGACGAGAACAUCAUGAACUCCAUGCAGUUGUUCGAGAAUGUGAUCUAGAAUGCGAUCUCGUCUCUCCCGCGCGGCUGCCUCCUGGCCUGCACGCAGACGGACGCCUCUGUCUCUCUCUCUCGUUAAGCACACACACAUCUUUAUGAGAAGAAAAACAAACUCUUUUUAUAUUUAAAAACAAAAAAAAACAACAACAAAAUAAAUAAAAGAGGACGUGAUCAUGUUUGCUCCCAACACUGACCGGAUUCUCACUUCAAGGGCAAGAGGAGACAGAAAGAGAUUAGGUUUCAUGGGUUUGUCUGACCUAGCAGGGGGAUUGGCUAGCUCUCCCCUAAGAUAUAGCAAGGGAAUGCUGCACAGCAUCAAAUACCACCUGUGAGAAAGAGACCAGCCUCGUGGAUUAAGCUCAGCACUUCUCGCAUGGUAGUGGGAUGGAAAGGACGUUUGCAUGUGGGAGGUGGAGUUGGAGUUCUUCUCACUAGCACCAAGUGAGAA